CUAAGCCCUAAAAUUAAUUAACCAAGAAGAAGGAAUGCAUGGGCCGAGAGGCUUUCCAAAUGGGCCACUUCCAAGUCAGUCUAUUCCCAUUAAUAGUGGGCACGGCCCAAAUGAUCACUGUUUCACGCCCAGCCCAUCAUUGUGGGCUUUUUUUCUCUUUGAGAAAAAGAAGAGGGGAGGAGGAAAAAGAAGAACAAAAGGAAGGGCGCGCUUUCGAGUUGAACAAAAAGGAGCGCGGGCUUCGGACUUCCGAGUUGAAGAAAACUCGACUGGAAUUUUCAUUUCGUAACUUUUGGUUUCUGAUGGACAAGUAUGUUGUCACUCUCAAACCCGCUACGAAAGACCCUAAAUCAAUUCGAAGGUGUCGAUGGAAGCGGAGUGUCCUCGAAUUGAAUGGAAGGUUUGAGCCCAAUUAUCGUCACGACCUAUCUACCUUACUUAUGCAAUCCUACUAUGAAGUUGGGAAUUUUUCACAUCUUUAUAGUUUCAAUGGACUUCCGUGCCAAACCCAUAUUAAUCGGAUUGCGGAGACUGUAUCUCGUACAGAUGACCGAAUACCAGUUAAAAAGCAAGGCUUAUCUGCACUGGAAUUUGACUCCAAGGGAAUUUACUUGGCAUCAGUUACAAAAUCGGGAUGUUUAACAGUGCACGAUUUUGAGGUUCUUUAUUGUCAGAGUCAGACUAAGGACUCAUCGCCAUGCUCGCAAGAAGAUGAAAGUAAAAUUUUAGUGCACCUUUCUGUGCCUCUAGAACUUGAUUCGGUUCGAUGGAAUCCUUCUAACCAAGAUGAGGUGGUAUGCACAUCUAUGAAAAGUGAUGAAGUACUUCUCUUUGAUAUCAGUUACGUAUCCUCUGAACCAGCUGAAGUCUUAAAAACCAGGCGAGCUGCCACUGCUUAUGGAUCUUACAUAUGUAAGGGUUUAUCAGAUAUAGCUUUCACCAAAACUGAUGAUUCGAGGUUAAUUGCCUCUGAUACAAAUGGUGUGCUCCAUGUGUGGGAUAAAAGAACGAGUUCUCUUCCAUGUCUUGAGCUCACUACCAAUUCUUACGGCAUCGUUAACAGUAUCCAACUAAAUGUUGACAGUCAGGUUAUUUUUGGUGCUGGCAAGCAAGGGAUCAUUUAUUCAUGGGACCUUCGCGGAGGGAAAACAUCUGCCAUGUUUCAAACUCAUAAUGUUGCACGCUAUCCACCCCUAACAAGUCUGAAGUUGUCAUCGAUGCUGGAGAGGAUUGGGCCACUAAAGGCACAGUCAAAUAUAGUUUCAAAGGAAAUACACUCCAUUAAUCUUGAUCCUUCUUGCCCACAUCAGUUGGCAUUCCAUCUUGAUGAUGGUUGGUCAGGAGUGUUGGAUCUACAUAAUCUUGAAGUUACGCACAUUCAUUGCCCUCCCCCGGCUUGGUUGAAUGGUUCCUCAAUUUCGGAUGAUCAAUUACACUUGAGAAAACCAACAUGGCUACCAACAUAUUCGAUAUAUGUUGUUGGAUCAUCAUCAGAAAACGGUAUUCAUCUCUUAGAUUUCUACCCACACGCAAGCUCUCCAAGCCAUGUGUACAAUGAGGACAUAGAGAGCCUUUCCAGGGACAAUCGAAGAAAGCAACAUAAUUUCAUUCCAAUGUCUGAAGCUAUAAUUGCAUGCGCUGCUCAUCCUCUUAAUGGUACAAUUGUAGCUGGAACCAAGCAAUCAUCUCUGCUGAUGGUUUCACAAAGGAGGGGGUCCUUUGAAUGCUGAUAUUAUUGUCCAACAGACAAGGAAGACCAUCUGAAUACUGAGUUUAGUGACAUGCAGUUGAAUCAGUGCGUGCCGUGAAAGCCUAGGAUUCUUCUGAUAUAGUUCUUUUGCUUCUGCUGUUCGAAAAUGGUAUUGGAGCCGUCAUUUUUGGUUUUGGGUUGAAGGUACGGGGGAUCGCAGCAAAGGCUAUGAACCAAAAAAAAGAAAAACAGAAAGAAGCAAAAUGUGACAAUGGCCUACACCCCUGUUGGCCUGCUCAGCCGUUCGUCCACCACUGCCUUGCCGUUGACAUAAAGCAACAAUCACUUUAUCCAGUUAACAAACUGGGUUCCUGUACCUCUUAUGUUACUAAAUGAAACCUUGAUAUAAGAUUGCUGAUGGUGAUUUGAUAUCAUCGCCUUGAAGUAUUCGUGAGUUGUUUUUUUUUUCCCC